CUUUUCGAAAAGAGAAUCACUGUACUCUUCGUGUCUUCCAUCCAGUAUGUGUUAAAAACGUUUUUUCAGUCUGGGUAAACCAUUAGUUUGUUACGGUCGAUGGUCUAAUUCGUUACGAAACAGAUUCACGUGGUCUUUUAUAAAUGUGUAUUAUGGGAAAAUAAGAAGGAAAAAUUAUUUUCUUUAACUCUGAGACAAUUGCAAUUGAAUGAAACAAAUUAUCAGAAACAAUUUUUCUGUUUUGAAGUAAAAAAAACGAGGAAAUUUUAUUAAAAAAAUUUUGUGCAAAAAUAUUCGCGUGUUUCAAUUGUUAUAUGAAUUAUUAUUAAAUGAAUAUUUAAUGAGUUUUCUUUUCGGUUGAAAAUAAAAUAAGUUCAAAAGAAGAAAACGAAGAAUUAGAGGAGGGUAGCAAAUUUAAACAAAUAUUUUCUUUCUUUUCGAAAUAUCAAAAAAAAAAAGGAAACGAAAAUUCUGUAUAAACAUAAAGGUGGAGAUUUGUGAAAAUAUUGUGAACCGUGAAGGAAAAGAAUUUUAAUUUUAUUCGAAGAAAGAAACGGGGAACAAAAAAUAAACACGAGAAAAAAAAACACCACCGCAUUGUGUAUGUUUUGUGUGGAUCCACGUCUUUGAUGCUUUAUUGUUGAAACAUCAACUUGUGUGUACGUGCAGGCCACAUAUGACCUACAGUAUUGUGAUAAUGAAUAACAUUUUAAACAUUUAAAAGUGAUAAACGAGUGUGGAUACAGUUGAAAAUAAUAAAAAAAAACGAGAUUCCAUAAAUAAUACGAAAUUAAUUUCAAUUUCAAUUGAUUAAUGUACCAACGUGUAUGGCCGAAUUGAAUGGUCGAUAAUAGAUACAUGAGAAACAAAAAGUUUAAAUAAUUGAAUUUUUAUUUGAUUUUUUCUAAUUUUAUUUUCGCAAAUUCAAUAAAUUAAAACAAAACAAAAAUGCAACAUCAUCAUCCGGGAUCGUGGUAUCUGCCAUGGGGAGUGCCACUACAGAAAAUGUUAGCCGUGCCGAUGCAUCAUCCGGGCGCCGUAAGUUUUCAUCAAACACAACAACCGCUACCCGUACCAAAUCAAACGCCACAACAACAUCAACAGCCACCGCAUCAAACGUAUCAACACCAAAUGCAUCCAGCCUUACAACAUCACAAUCCAGCUGCAUUACACCAACAGUUACAUCCAGCCGCAGCGGCAGCUAUGUUCACACCAUUGUCACUACGAACGUUUAUAAAUCCGUCAGCAAAUCACUUGAGUUUAAGUCAACAGCAACAGCUUGCGACAGCAUCCGUUCAACAGUCACCGAAUCCACCGUUACAGAGUCAGAGUCAGACGCAAUUGGGUGCCAUAAAUUUGAAUGUUGGUGUUGUGCCUAUACGACAAAACAAUGGACCGGGUACUAUAUCGCCGGGAACGAUGAUGAUGCCAGUUAAAAAGGUGCUACUGCCUGACAAAGAAAAAGUCAAAAUCGCUUCAACCGAGAAACGAAAAGCAGACGAUGGUGAACAGAUAAAGGACUUAAAAAAGGCCAAACUAGAAACCAAAGCACUAAAAGCUAAGAGGCCGGGUUUCACUGAUGAACGAUAUCAUGAAACGUCGUACUAUAUCGAAAAUGGUCUGCGAAAAGUGUAUCCGUACUAUUUUACGUUUACUACAUUUACCAAAGGCCGAUGGGUGGGCGAAAAGAUUUUGGACGUUUUUGCCAGAGAAUUUCGAGCGCAUCCUGCCGAAGAAUAUGAACGCUGCAUCAAAGCGGGAACGCUGACUGUUAAUUAUGAAAAAGUGCCAACCGAUUACCGAUUAAAACACAAUGAUCUGUUAGCGAAUAUCGUUCACAGACAUGAAGUACCAGUCACUAGUCAACCAAUCGCAAUAGUGCACAUGGACGAUGAUAUUGUGGUUGUAAAUAAACCAGCAUCAAUUCCAGUUCAUCCAUGCGGUCGGUACCGUCAUAAUACAGUCGUAUUCAUUCUGGCUAAAGAAUACAAUUUAAAGAAUUUACGAACGAUCCAUCGACUGGAUCGUUUAACAUCGGGUUUGUUACUGUUCGGCCGUAGUCCGAAAAAAGCUCGACAAAUGGAACAUCAAAUCCGCAAUCGGCAAGUGCAGAAAGAGUAUGUUUGUCGGGUCGAAGGCGAAUUUCCAGAAGGCAGCAUUGAAUGCAAAGAACCCAUUGAAGUAGUUAGUUAUAAAAUUGGCGUAUGCAAGGUUUCACCGAAGGGUAAAGACUGUACAACAAUUUUCCAAAAAUUAGGUUUCAAUGGAAAAACAAGUGUUGUCUUAUGCAAACCACGAACGGGACGAAUGCAUCAAAUCAGAGUUCAUUUACAGUUUUUAGGCUAUCCGGUUGUAAAUGACCCACUCUACAAUCACGAAGUGUUUGGGCCAGCCAAGGGACGGGGUGGUGAUAUUGGUGGCAAAACCGACGACCAACUUGUAAGAGAUUUGAUAAAUAUUCAUAAUGCAGAAAAUUGGUUGGGAAUUGAUGGUGAUUCGGAAUUGUCGCUGUUCAAGCCAAUGAAAGCUGAUUCAGACGAUAGCUUAGGGGUUUUAGUUAGCAAGGGUACAAUGCUGAGUGACGAUGAUUUGGAUUCCAUUUCACGAGAGGAAUCACCGUGUUCGGAUAGCCCGAGGCCGGCAUCAUUAGACAUUGACAAUUCGUUAGACAAUAUGUGUGCAUCGGUGUCAACAUCAACAAGUUGUUCAGCAUCGACAAAGCCACAUCUUAAGGUAACUGUUGCCACACAAACCGGCCAUGAAUCACCAGACCUUACUUACAACCUCGACAAAAUGUCAACCGAUAAGCACUGUUAUGAGUGCAAAGUUCGGUACAGGGAUCCAAAACCACAAGAUUUGGUUAUGUAUCUGCAUGCUUGGAAAUAUAGGGGACCUGGUUGGGAGUACGAAACAGAUCUUCCAGACUGGGCAAGCAUAGAUUGGAUUGAUACUGACUGUGAAUAGGUAAUCGUUAAAUUGCUUAACCUUAAACUUUAAUUUUUGAUGAAAAUUUGGUUAGUUUUCCUCCUUUUAUUCGAACUAAUUUAUCAUAUUUUCAAUCAAUACACAUCCUAUUGAGAUAUUUGAACUUAUUUUCGAAAAGAAUAAGGUUAAGAAAUUGCGUAGUAAAAGAAAAAAAAAAGAAAUUGUUUCAUAAAUUAGACUAAGAUUAACAUAAUUAGUCCAAGGUAAAAACUGCUUUGUAAAUAAAAGGAGAAAUUCGAUUUUUGA